GUGUUGGUCAAGAUCGGCACCAUCUCCGAGGGAUUGACGCAAUCCGAGCACAACCAUACUGACCGAUGUUGCCGAGCGAACGAUCGCCACCAGCACCUGCAAAGAUCAAGGCGCAACAGCCUGCUUCGGCGAGGCAUGCAGUUCCGUCCACCUCCACCACCAACCACCAUCACCAGCGGCAUCAUGAGCAACAUCCCGACACGGCGCACAGCAGCGACGAACUCGUGGCUCAAAUCAACGCUCUCGUACACAUGCACGCUCUUCGCCAAGAAGAUUCUGCUGAUCACGUCGCCGACUCUCUCGGGCUCUCGGUGUACCUGACAGGCUCACGAGUGGACGAUCGGGGGUUUCUUGCCCAGGUGGUCAAGGUGACGGCCGGCCUGCGGCGAUUCCGCGUCGACAGCGCCCACUUGGUGUCGGCAUGGCAGAGUAUUGAGCGUGUGUUUGACCAUCGAAACCACGACACCCGCGCGAUUGCGUACACGUUUCUGGACGUGUGUCUCGAGCUUCACCAUGACAGGGUUCCCAUGACGAUGCGCCAUGCCAUCUUUCAGCUCUUGGCGACUGCACACGGGGAGUUUCUUCGACGACAAAAGAGUCUGCGAUUGCUGCUGCAGGACGGUCGGUUUGUUCAGCCGUUUGCGAAGGACCUGGGGUGGCUCUUUCUGACUCUCCUUGAGACGUCCGAUGCGCAGAAAGAGCUCAGUUCGCUGCUUCACUGCAUCUUGAGGCGGUCGCCGCAUGCGCUAGAUUCCGAAGUCGUAUCAUCAAUCGCAGAGCUUCUGUCGGCCCGCUGUAAUACAGCGUACGCCCGGGGAGACAAGGACACAUGCAAGCGCUAUCUCAAGUUCAUGACGAUCUUGGUGAAUCAUCACUUGGACGCGGCGGCGACAACGUCCGCGUGCUUGGCCACCAUGUGCGGCCUCGUGAAUGUUAAAGAAGAUGGAGUGAGUACGUGGGCAAUCAUGAAGCACUUGUUAUCGGGCGCGUCUCGAUACCAAGUGCUGCACGGGCUGUUGGGGCUGCUGGAAGCGCCGGUCCCACCAUUUGUUGCUCGGGGCGCAGUGUUCUUUGUGGGAAUGAGUUCGUGGGGCAGCCAGCGCGUCGCGAGCUUGGAAGUUGGUUGGUGCACCAUCUUGCGAAGCUUGCUUCCGGCCGUCCAGAGUCCGCAUGGGAUGGUGAUUUUUGAAGUUGUCUUGAGUUUGCAACGCCUCAUCAAGAAGUAUGGCGACCAAAUGCUGAUUGAGUGGGACUUGGUCUUCGACUACCUCCACCGCUUGUUUCCGUGGAUGGCAGUGUCGCCGCACGUCCCCAACGAGAAUGGCGCGGCGUCGGCCGCAGUGGGCCACGUCCCCGACCGCCUCGCCGACGAAUUGCUAGAUACGUUGCUCCUCGCAGAAGCACUGCAUCAACCAAAGCUACACUCGGACCAACCCGCAUCCCAUCGGCGCUUUCAAGGAAACAUGCACGACUUGUACGCCCUCGUGGAGCUAUACAUCGAGUAUUGUCCCGUUGCGACUGUGGGCAACCUUGUCGCGUUUCGAGCCGAAGGUUGCACUCCUGCUAGCGAUUCCAAGUGGCUUACGUCGUUGCAUGAUCUGCUCACGACUUUCUUUGCGUCGACGAGCGUCGAUGUGUCCAUUCGGCUGCAAGCACUCAAGGUGCUCGACAACGUUCUCAAGUUGUGUCACCACAUCUGCGACGAUCGCGUCCUAGACGACGUCUUCGUGCCGCAUCUGCAGCUCGUGCACGACGACAGCGACAGACAGGUGCGAGAUGCCGGUCUCGAGCUCAUCGUGACCGUGGCAUGCGACGUCGACUCGGUCAAGUUUUACGCACUCGUGGAUAUGCUCCACGUCGCAGCGACAACGUCCAAAUUUGUCGAUGCCCAGCACAAAGCGAUGAACGGGCUCACAACGCUCUUCCGGGCGGGUUUUCAACACAUUCCAUCCACGCGCUGCGUGCGAAUCUUCGAGUUGCUUACAGGCUAUGUGGUCACCCACCGCGACCCGGUCAUGCGCGGCAUGGCCAUCACGUGCUUGCGGCAAGUCUGUUCCGCUAAUGCUUCGUUUCACAUGCUCCUGUCGGAGGACUGUCGAGAGGCGGCGGACAAAGCAUCUUCUGACGUCACGAUGGCAUCGCCGUUUUUGAUGGCGGCGCGCGGGUCGAUGGCGAAAGCGUCGGUUGCAACGCUGCCCAUUCCAAAGCUUGUCGUGGCAGCGUUGACCAUGGUGAGCACGGAAACGAGUUCGACCAACUUUCACAUUGCAGUCGACGUGUUGGUGCGCAUGGUCGAGAAUCGGUACGUCCUCCAUGACGUUGAUGUCAACGACAUGGUCGCCAAGCUCGUGUCGUGCGUGGAAUGCCGGGCGUUUGGACGGGCUGCGGCGACCCAUGAGGCUGGGGUGGCUCAUUCCGUCCGUCGGACGCGCACCACGGAUUCCCACGUGAUCGAAGAUGCCGAUUCUGAGCCAGACAAGUCGGCAAUGUGGCUCAAGGUGUUGCGGACGCAGUACUUGCAACGCGGACUGGACCUCCUGCUUCUCAUGGCGUCGUACCAGAGCCAACUGACCGCCGCAGUGCAGCACCGUGUUCUGCUGACCUUUGUGUCAGCGUUGGAUUUUGAGCCCACUGUGUCGGAGUCACGGCCUCCUACCCUGGCAGCAACGUCGUCCGCGGGAAUGAAGCGCACGAAGUCGGCGAUGGAAGACUUGUCCGCGGCUCACGUGGAAGCUUUACAAGCAGCCGAGACCAAGCUGGUCCACACGGUCACCCGCGGUCUGGGCGUUGCGGCCAUCAUGCUUCCCGCUCAAGUCGUCGCGGAAUUCCCAACAAUCCUCAACUCGAUCGUUCAUCGAUUGUGUGCUCCUGUGAAGGAUGGGGCAGGGUGGACCUCGGUCGAUAUUGCAAGUUUGUGCCUCAGCCUUCUUUUGCACUUUUUGCACGCCCUGCCGCGAACUGCCUCGUUGGCCGACGCGGCGACCGACGGGGACUUCGAGACUGUUAGUGGAAACGACGACGUUUGUGCUGCAUUUGCGCUGCGUGCACUGUGCCGGCCCGCGUCCAAGUACAUGGCGUCGCUGGCCCUUCUUGUCCUCAUGCAGAUUUUCAUUCAAGCAAGCGCCCGCCGCCGGAACCACAUUGCGCGCCUCGUCCUGCCGCAGCUGCAAACUCAGCCGCAAAAAACCGUCCUGGUCGACACGGCCGUGGAUUUUAUCGCAACCCAUCUGCAUCUCAACGCUGCGGCGCUUUGCCCGCCAUCAACGCAGUCCCUGGAACUUGUUGCCAAGCACCGCCGCAUCAGGUCCUGGUUCCAUCGCCGCAGCAUCAUGACGCUGUCCACGGACGACCAAGGCGCUUCAUUUGUCACGGUUCGGCACGCGGCAGUGGCCCACACGUGGCCACUUCCAAGGGAUGCCAACCCCAUGCACGUCAUGACGAUGUUGUUUGGCAUGGACCCGCUUGACUUGCAUUCUGCAAGCAUGCAUCGACUGGUGGAGGGCGAGGCGCUGACGAGGGCGCUGGCCGUCCUCGAUCGAAGUCCGUGGCACGAAACGCACAAGGUCGGCGUGCUGUACGUGCCCCACAACCAAGCGACCGAGCGUGACCUUCUCGACGUCGUCGGGGGAUCGCAGCGGUACCUUUCAUUCUUGCGGGGUCUGGGCGACAUGGUCCCGCUGCACCACCUCGUGGGGUACAACGGCGGGUUGGACGUGUCGGCUAGCCAAAGCGAUGGCAAGUUUGGUCUUGUCUACCGAGAUGCCAUCACACACGUGAUGUUUCACGUGGCAACGUUCAUGGAGACGGACGAGAGCGCAGAGGCCCGCCGCCACGGCAAGAAGCGCCACAUUGGCAACGACUACGUCCACAUUGAAUACUUGGACUACGACCAACACCACGACGAGAACGACGUGAUCCCGUCCCUGUCUGGCCAGUUUUCCGACGUCCGCAUCUUCGUCCAGCCUCUUGACGGCGACCUCUUUCGAACCCGUGUGGAAUGCAAACAUCCGACCGACAACAUGCCGCCGUUUGGACCGCUCCACGGGGUCCAAAUCGUGCCAAGCUACAUGGUUGCGACCGCUGUGCGGCUCACGGCGAUCCACGCCAACCUGGCCUGCCGCGUCGUGCACCAGGAUCGAUUCGAGUUGGUUUUGAAUAUCGAAGACCGGCUCAAGCAAAUCAGCCAGAUUGGAACGAGAUUUGUCGACCAUGUCACGCCAUCUCACGACCACGCAUCCGCGGUGUAAUGCAAACUACACAAGGUUCUGUUGUCGGCACAUUGCAACGAUGCUCUCGAUUCCGU